GUGCAGCAGACGGUUCAGGAAGUUUUUGGUCGUGCUCCUAGCAAAUCUGUGAACCCUGAUGAAGCAGUGGCUAUUGGAGCAGCUAUCCAGGGCGGUGUCUUGGCUGGUGAUGUCACCGAUGUGCUUCUGUUGGAUGUGACACCGCUGUCAUUAGGUAUUGAAACUUUGGGUGGAGUUUUCACCAAACUUAUCAACAGAAACACCACCAUUCCCACCAAGAAAAGCCAGGUGUUCUCAACGGCAGCUGAUGGACAGACGCAGGUGGAAAUCAAGGUGUGUCAAGGAGAAAGAGAGAUGGCAACAGACAACAAAGUGCUGGGUCAGUUCAGUCUGGUGGGGAUACCUCCUGCCCCCCGAGGAGUUCCCCAGAUUGAGGUCACCUUCGACAUCGAUGCUAAUGGUAUUGUCCACGUCUCUGCCAAGGACAAGGGCACUGGCCGGGAACAGCAGAGUAAGUCAUCAAUGUAACAAGUUCAGAUAUAG